UGCUGCUGCUGAUGUACACACACUUCCAUACUCAAACAUCAACACCUCGACGCUCCUCAGUGUUCUCUUGUGUGUGUGCCCCGAUAGCUAACGUCUUCAUUCUGGUAAUAUCUGUGAAUGUAUAAUUUAGUGCAAUUUGUGUAACGGGAUCUGGCCGAUAAGACUCGUGUGGCCGUAGAUAAGCGGUUGAUAACGUGCCAGCCACCAAACAUUAGUACCAAAGCGAGGAAGGAUGUACAUCCAACGCCAGAAAACUUGUGCCGAUUAAUACUUUGUUUUAAGUGAGGUAAAGGCUGUUCCAAAAUACCUUCGUAGACUGGAGAGGGAGCACCAGCCAAGGGACGUGUGGAUAUAGGGCGCUUGCAGGCCCCUAGAUACUACCAGAGAGCCGUGAACCAUCCUUCCUCUCCGCGGGGAGACGAUGAUGGGCGAGUGGCUACUGGUGGUGGUAGCCGGGAGCCUGGUUAGUUAUGUCCACGCCCAGCUGGGCGAGGGCGGCCACCAUACAACCACCAUCACCACCACCACACAGACUACAACCACCCCGGACCACCCAUUAAACUACGACUACCACGAAGUGGACGACGCAGAGGAGGACGACGAGGACGAGCCUUCAGAGGGCGUGGCAGCGAGGGCGCCUCGCAGGUGGAAGCCCGUCGAGCAGACGUACAUGGGCUGCCUCCACAACCAGACCAACUUCGCCGGCACGCUCAUGUUUGUCAACCUUCAGGAGGUGGAGGUGGAUGAGCCCUUGACGAGUUUGGAGGCGGCGUGUUACCAACUGUGUCUCGACAAGAAGCCCUUUGCCGAGUACAUCACAGUGGCAGAGGCUGUCAACGGCAGUGCUGACGCUUGCGGUUGCUAUUAUGAAGGAGAUCUCGAUCUGGAGAACACGGUGAACGAUGUAUUGUGUGCAGGAGGAAUGUUGGGGUAUUAUGGCGUGUACUGCGGACCUGGCGACGAGGAGUGCUUCAGUGGAGCACCGGCUGUGGGCUGCUCUGCAUUAGCCCUGGUUAUGAUUGUGUUACCUCUGCUGCUGACGUCCUGACGUACUCGAUGAUGAUGCCUGCAGUUGCUGCUGCUGCUGCUGGUGGUGAUGAUGAUGAUGCCUGAUGCUGCUGCUGCUGCUGGUGAUGAUGAUGAUGAUGCCUGAUGCUGCUGCCGAUGUUACUGACGGCGUAGUGAACUUGCGGCUCAAGUUGCUCUCCGAUUCCUAUGCAUUCCUCCUGAGAGUCUAGUCAUUUUACUGAUAGCCUCGCCCUCCCGCUGAUAUCCUGACUCCCUGCCAAUACCCUGUCAUUCAUUGUCUGCCGAAUUCUGUGUUCAUGAUUUGCGAAUUUUCGACCGUCUGUCCCAGCUGGUGUCGACUGCCUCUGGCAACCUUGAAAAGGUCACAAGAUUAAUAUUUUGUUAAUAAAAAUGAUAGUUUAAAUAGUCAUUAAAAAUUACAUUAAUGUCAUAAAAACAAUGUCUUUUGGAUUCAGUAGUAAGGUAAAACAAUAAAAUGCAUGUUUUAAUGUGUCCAUGUAUAUGUAAUUGUAUAACAUGGUUUAAGGGGGGCUAACACUGUUUUAUAGAUUUUGAAAUUGUUGCCAUACUGCAUAAAUAUUUAUGCAGAUUUGUUCUCUGAUGUAUAUAUUUUUAAACUGUGUGACUAUUUUAUAAAUAAUGUUUUAUAUUGUUAACUUUAUUAUUACUGCUAAUAUUAUUUUUGUUGCAGUUUUUAUUUGAUGAAUAAAAAGCACUACACACAAUCUACAAUGAA